AUAUGUCACUUCAAUUGGAUGUUGUCAAUUACGUCAUGUAUUUACAUUUAUCUUCAACAAAGCAACUUUACAUAUGCGGUGGAAAUUUCACAAGAUAUCUAAUAAUUGCGUAAGAGCCCUUGUCAACUGUAGUUUUUCAAUUUUUUCCUAAAAUACAGUAGUUCUGUACUUGAUUCAUCUCUUCUUCAACUCUACGGGUCUUGAAACGAGAACAGAUCUCUCCUUUGGUGAACUCGAGUGAAUUAGUCGAAUGGUCAACCCUGCUGCUUAGAACGGCCUGUGAGGUCCAGUGAUAACCUGAAAGGGUAACGAAAGACCCUCGUGAGUCAAUAGAACGAUCCAAUAAGCCUGAGGGAGGUCCCUGAAAAAAAGAAAGACAAGUUAGAAGGGCGCCGGAGUGUUAUCCGGCGUAUCCCUCCGACGUAUCCGGCAAAAAUAAAUGAUCUAUAUUAAGACCAGGUUCCUAAAAUAUACUUGUUUGUCACCAUUUGAAUAUAAUCAUAUAUGGGAUGUGUUUCCCGUGCUUCAGUGCAAAAUUUGUGUUUCCCGGGUCUUGAAAAUGGUUUUAAAACUUUUCAAAACGGCAAAGGAGGUGGUUCGUGACCACGACACCAUCUUUGGCAACCGUGACCCUCCCAUCGCCGCCUUGGCUGUAACCUAUGGCGGACUCGACAUUGCAUGGUCCUCCUAUGGCUCCUACUGGCGCAAUAUGCGGAAAGUAUUUGUUAGAGAGAUGCUAAGUAAUAGAAGCAUUGAGGCCGGUUACAAUCUUCGAAGAGAUGAAGUGCAGAAGACUGUUAGAGAGAUAUAUACCAAGAUUGGCACACCUAUAGACAUUGGUGACAUAGGUUUUCUAACUCAGGUCAAUGUUACGAUGAGUAUGCUGUGGGGAAGCACACUCGAUUGGGAGAAGACGAGUAAUAUCAAAGCUGAGUUUCGUGAAGUCGUAAUGAAAAUCACUGAAACAUUUGGAAAGCCAAACAUCUCUGAUUUUUUCCCGAUGCUUGCAAGGUUUGAUGUGCAAGGAGUGGAGCGAAAUAUGAAGAGGCUCUUUCAGUGGGUCGAAAGAAUUCUUGAUGCUGUAAUCAAUGAACGAAUGAAAUCGAAUACCAUGAAUAAGGAAGGAGCACUGGAGAAUGAAGAAAAGAAGGAUUUCCUGCAGAUACUCUUGCAGCUACAGGAGGAGGAAGAUACUGGAAAACGAAUUAACAUGACACAGAUAAAGGCCUUGUUGAUGGACAUUGUGGUGGGUGGGACAGACACAACAUCAACCAUGGUAGAGUUUGUUAUGGCAGAGAUUAUAAACAAUCCAGAGGUGAUGAAGAGGGUCCAAGAAGAACUCGCAGAUGUUGUGGGUAAGAACAACAUGGUGGAAGAGUCCCAUCUGCAAAAAUUACUCUACAUGGAUGCAGUUGUGAAGGAGACAUUCAGAUUGCACCCUCCACUCCCUUUUCUAGUCCCCCGGCGUCCAAGUCAGUCUUGCAUUGUAGGUGGAUACACCAUUCCAAAAGAUUCCAACGUCUUCCUGAAUGUUUGGGCAAUGCACAGGGACCCUCAAUUCUGGGAAGAUCCAUUGGAGUUCAAGCCCGAAAGGUUCUUGAAUUGCAAUGGGGAAUGGGAUUAUUCUGGAAAUAAUUUUCAGUAUCUCCCAUUUGGAUCUGGAAGAAGGAUAUGCGCAGGCAUUCCCCUGGCGGAGAGGACACUGAAGUAUGUGUUGGCUUCAUUCCUGCAUUUGUUCCAGUGGAAGUUGCCUGAAGGUGAAGAACUUGAACUUUCAGAGAGAUUUGGGAUUGUGAUCAAGAAGAAGACGCCUCUGAUCGCUAUCCCUACUCCAAUAUUAUCCAACAUGGACCUCUACAAAUAGUACCAAGUAUGUUGGUGAGUUGGUCAACAGAAUACACCAAUGCACCUUCUGUAUAAGCUCAUCUCUCUGCACAAAGGAACUGUGGUCAUAUCUUUAUAUAGGUGCUCUAUUGACCCUCUUCAGAUGCUGCCCUAUGUCCAUAGUGAAUAGACUGAUUGUAAUUAUGUGUAAUAUUGAUACAUCUAUAUUCGUUUAAACUGUAAUUAUAAGUUAAGACACAAUCUACAUUAUAUAAGCUAUAAAGAUCUCAAUUUUAGGAUGUAUCAGUCAGCAAAACAUGUCCUCCAUUUGGUACGUUAGCUAUCAUACAGUUCCUACCAAGCUAUAAGCUCGAAAUGGAAGAUGACAAGAAAAAAUCAAGAAGGAAGCAUACCGAAUCAAGGAAAGUCGGUCUAGGAAAAGUGAUUAUAGCACUGGAAGACAAUACUCGAUGUGUUCCAUAAUUCAGAUGUAAUGGGGCUUCUUGAUUUUGGUAUCAGCUUUCGCUCCAACAUAGAGGCGGUUAAUAAAAUUUCAACAACCAUUCCUUCAUGUUAGUACAUAUUCCUGCUGUAUAG